CACUGCUCUGCAGAGAAGACGACUUUGCGUGCUUAUCAACACUGCGACAUGGCCGGAGAGCGUGAAUUAAGCGACGGCCACCACGAUGUAAUAGUGCGCUACUUGAAGUUCUCUAAAUCGCAGCGAGCCCAGCGUCUGAAAGUUAUCGACAAAAGUUUCGACGACGUGAAACAUGCGAGGCUCCUCGAGGAAACGUACACGUCCGAGGAAGUUCAACAGAUCCUCGAUGAUCUUUGCACCGUAGUGCGAGCCGAGGUUGAGAGCGAGCUUAUCAAUUCGGCUCAUGCAAACGUGGUUCUGCUGAGACAACUCUGCAAGCAAGCGGAACAGUGGCACCUCCAGCUUCAGGCAGAUAUGUCGGAACUUGAAGAUGGAUCACUAAUUGAAAAUGUUGGUGGCAUGGAACUGGAAGGAUUGAGCACAGGAAAGCAAUUGCAGGCGUCUUCAUCAAGGUCACACAAGUUGAGCCCCCUUGAGGACUCGCACGGACCAAGCGCUCUUCUGCAGAAAGAAAUAGCACGAAUGAAGAGUGAAAAUGCAAUGCUGCGAAGUCGGCUGAAGGAUGUUGAAAGUCAGGUUUCUCAGAUACUAAACCAGAAGUCUGAGCUGGCUGAGAGGUUUAACCAGAAGAAGUGUGAGCUCAUGGAAAGCUUGAGGAACAAGGAAAGAAAAAUGGACGAAUCAACAGAGUUUAUAGAAGACCAAAUGACCAAAGUCAAACUCGAAAUGGAGGAGAGCCUAAACAAAAGCCGGUUGUCGCAGCAAAAAUUGGAAUCUGAUUUGGUAGUGACUAAGCAGAAGCUUCUUGAAGUGCAAGCGCAGCUGGACUUGGCCGAAAAAGAGCUGGAAAAAAAGUUCAGCCAAACCGCAGCUUACACAAACAUGAAGAAGAUGCUGGCCACUAAGAACGAUCAGAUCAAGGAGCUGCGCACUGUUCUGGCUACGUUUCAGACUGGAGAGACGUAGAGACAAAAGAGAUUGUCGAGUUUGUACGGGUGGCAGUCUGCAGUAUAUAAGGCAGCCGUUUAGAGUGCUGGAACCUUCUAGUCUUUAUUUAUCAUUAUUUCUUUGUAAUACAAAAUGCUCACCUUUGUCUUUUGGCGCAUUAUGACCAUCACUGUAAUGCCAUUGUCUUUUUUUUUUCUUGAUUGUGUUUUUGAUGUUGCAUUCAAUGUUCUUUACGUGAUGUUCAGUGCAAUAUGUUUUACUACAUUGAGAUCUACAACAUGUUAAUUUAUCAAGUAACAUUCGCAUUGAAUUUAGUGGCAUAUAAACUCCAUUUCUCCACCUGAACGUUAUUUUUAAGCGCAUUUUUCAUGGGGUCAUUCUCAUUUUCACGUAUCUGAAACUAAGUGAAUUUACUAUAUUUGUAUAGGCAGAUUGGUGGCUGACAAAGGAAGGCUAUUAGAGACACUUCGAUCUGUGAUAGAUGGCAUAUUUACUGUGAUCACUAGCUGCUUUACCUGUAUACACGAGGCAUUUAAGGCAGCUGGAAUGUUAGCUCUCACCUGUUUGCUAAUGUUAAGAAGAAAA